AUGUCCAUCCUAUUAUCCCGUGUAAUUCGUGCUUUGGAAAAAAUAGCUCCUCUGUCACUAGCUGAAUCAUCUUGGGAUAAUGUCGGCCUACUUGUUGAGCCUCCAUACCCACGUCCAGAUUCCUCUCGAGUAUUUUUAACAAUCGAUCUAACAUCAUCAGUAUUAGAGGAGGCUAUAGCAGACCCAAGAGUUGGUGUAAUAGUGGCAUACCAUCCACCAAUUUUCCGACCUUUCAAACGGUUGAAUUUAAGUGAUAUUAAACAAGCUAUAAUAAUGAAAUGUGUAGCAAAAGGAAUUGGUGUAUUUAGUCCACAUACUGCCUUGGAUUCUAGCAUUGGUGGUGUGAAUGAUUGGUUAUCAAAAGCACUUGGAACUGGAACUUCUAAGCCUAUAACUCCAGCUGAAAAUCCACCAUCAGGUCAAGAAACGGCUGGAUCUGGAAGAUUGUUUACAUUAGAACAACCUGCCUCUCUUUCGACAAUAAUCGAACGAAUUAAACUGUAUCUGAAGCUUAAGUAUGUUAGAGUAGCUACGGCUGAACGUCAUGGUUCAAUCUCCAAUGAAUUUAUUUCAACCGUUGGAAUUUGUGCUGGAUCAGCAGACUUAUAUUUUACCGGAGAAAUGUCACAUCAUGAUGUACUUGCUGCAUUGAGUAAAAAUACUAGCGUUAUUCUAUGUGAACACACAAAUACCGAAAGAGGAUAUCUUUCCGAAGUGCUUAAACCUCAUCUUGAGAAACUAUUGCAAAAUGAUGGAGAAACUGAGGCUGUUGAGGUAGUGGUUAGUAUGAUAGAUGGAAAUCCUAUAGAGAUCAUUUGA